GCCGGAGGAACUACAACUCCCAGGACAACGCGGAAGCAGCCCGGCAACUGAGCGGUCGUUCCAGUUUUGCGGUGGUCCGGGCCUGAGCCUGUAAAAUGCUGCUGGCCCCCCAGGAAGGGUCCUCCUCAAGGAAGAGGACGGGGCCGAAUCGCUGGAAACAGUUUACAAGGAAGCCGAGUCCCAAGCCUGCCUUUGAGCCUGACAAUGUGGAACACUGGAUUAAGAAGGUGGAGAAAGCCUCCGAAUUUGCAGUUUCAAAAGCAUUUUCUGCUACAAAUUCCAAUUUGUCCAGAAGGCUUUGGAGCGAAAUCAGAGAUUUGGAAACAUCUGAGCAAAUAGAGGAUCAUGAUGAAGUCUAUGCAGAAGCUCAGGAACUAGUCAGUGAGUGGUUAGACACCAAACUUAAGCAAGAACUAGCAAGUGAUGGUGAAGAGGAUGCUGAAGACACUGGGUUAAAUACCCUUCCUAUGCCAGAAGCCAGUGAUCAUUUGAAAUAUGACAAGUUUGAUGAGUUGUGUGGCUAUUUGGAGGAAGAAGAGGAAAGUACCACCGUUCAAAAAUUUAUAGACCAUCUGCUCCAUAAAAAAGUGGUGGAUUCUGGAAUGUUGGAAGAUCUUGGAAUGAAUGGAAACCAAGACAAGCAGCAGCAGAAGGAUCCUCGUCUUACCAUGGAGAUGAGACAUAAGCAGGUAAAAGAAAACCGCAUGAGACGUGAGAAGGAACUAGAGCGCCAGAGAAUGGAGAAGACCCUGAAAAAAUCGGUCUUCUUAGAGGCUCAGUAUUUGGUGCAGGAAGAGAAGAAAAAGAAGGCUCUGGAGGCCAAGAAAGAGGAGGAGGAGAUUCAAAGGGAGAUGGUAAAGCUGCGGAGGGAGAUAAUUGAGAGGAGACGCACUGUGGAAGAAGCAUGGAAAAUAGAGAGGAAAAAGCAAGAAGAAAAUUCUCCAAAAAAUGCCAAAAAAGGCAUGUUUCAAAAUGAUUAUAUUCUUCUGGAUGAAGAAAAAAUGUCAAAAGAAAGAAAGAAGAAACUGAGGGAGUUAUUAAUCCAGACUUUCAAGGAAAAUCAUCAGUGUCAAAAACGAUAUUUCUCUGCCUGGCACAAGCUGAUUCUUGAUCAUAGGAUUAAGCUGGGUAAAGCUGGGACCCUGUCCGACUGGAAGUUUCAACUGAAGGUCCUGAGGGCCUGGAGAGACUACACCAGAUCCCAGAAGUUGGCGCGGGAGACUGAAGCCAUGCAGAAUGACCUUAGGGAAGAAAACAGAAAACAACAGCUGGCCACUGAGUGUAACCGGAAACAGGUUCUCCGACACCACUUCACAGAAUGGCAGCGUUGGCACCGUGCAGAGAUCCUGAAGAGGGAGCUGGCUCUAGCAAAGGAGGAAACUAGGAAGAAAAUGAAUGAGCUGCUGGAGGCAGCCUCACUAGGGAAGCUCAGCACAAAUGGGUCGUCAGGCCUCAGUCUACUUGAGGAGGCAGCAGCUGUGGUGGAUCCGCCUGUAAGACAUGGAGAGGUGACUGCUGGGCCACCUCUGUGGGAAAAGCCUCCCUCAGGGAGCCAUGACUGCAUGCCCAGCCCCCACCUAGGAAGACCAACAAAGAGUGACUUGCAGGUUCCCCUCCAGCAUGUCCCUCUGAACCCAUCUGAUAAUAAGCAGCCCACGACUGGGGAUGCUGAGCCCCCCCAACAGCCUGGCAAAAAGCUCAGAACUACCAGCCAGAAAGCAGAAUCCAUGUGCUUGGGUCAUUUCCAUAACCGCCACGUCUUCCAGCAACUGUUGAUUGAAAAGCAAAAGAAGAAACUUCAGGAACAGCAGAAAACAAUUCUGGAACUGAAGGAAAGCCAGCGGCUGGCAGAGGCUCGGUGGGCUGCAGAGCGGGCUGCAGCAGUCACUGAUGCCCAGAGCUGCCUGCUGUCGAAUCCCAGGAGAAAAGAACCCAAAAGAACCUGCCAGGUGCUUCCAAAUUCGCCUGUUGCUUCCCCUGAGACUGAUGGUAGAGGAGGUGACUCCCCAAAUUCUCUCUCUGGACCCAGAAGGAACCCAAGGCAGCAGAAGGCACCCCACCCCAUACUAAAAGCCAUGGAAGAGAGAGCAGUUCAGCGAGCUGAACGUAGGCGGAUCUUGGCAGAGAGGAAGAAGAAACAAGAAGAGGAUAAAUUGGCCCAGUUAAAGGCCCAAGAGGAGGAGCGUCAGAAGAGGGAAGCAGAAGAAAAGGAGGCUCAGCUUAAGAAAAAACGAGAAGAGAAGAGACUGCAGAAAAUGAAAGAACUAGAGAAGCAGAAGAGAAUUAAGAGGAAUCAGCAGCUGGAAGCAGUCGCCAAAGAACAUUAUGAAAGGAUGUUGCUAAGGAAAAAAGGCCUGGAACCUUGGAAGAGAUUGAGACUGCAAAACAAGCAAAACAUCCAGGUGGCUGAAGAACAUCACUCUUUGGCUCUACAGAGAAAAUGCCUGCUGUCCUGGUUCCAGUAUAGUCAGGAAGUCCUGGCUAGGAACACAGCCCGGGCUGAUCAGUUCUAUUGCCAAAUGUUGCUUCGGAGAGUUAUCCGGAGCUGGCUACAGUACGUGACUGAUCUGGAGGAAGAAGUACAAAAACUGUGGGUACAUUUUCUUCAGAAGAAGAUAUUCAGGGCCUGGUUUACUAUGGUCAGGGAGGCCCAGAUUGUUUCCCAGAGCAAGCAUGAGAUUGCAGUGGAACAUCAUGACAGGAGGAUUCUCUGGGUCACAUUUGAGACAUGGAAGAAGUUUGUGAAAUUUAUGAAAGAGGAAGGAAUAAAAGAAGAAAGGCGAGAGCAACUCCGUCGGAGGGUGGCUGAAAUUCUUCCGGACUUCCAGCCGCUCGCAUCCCGGUGACCCUCGGGCAGCAGAGACUGGCGCCGUGUGAGCGCGCGGGGUGCCGGACGGGCAUCCAUGCAUGAGGGCAGACACCCGCUCCGUCACCUGGCAGAUACUUCUUGGAUCGAGAGGAUUACCUGGGCAGUUUUUCCUUCCUCCUCUGAUUUCUGUUGGAUUGCUAAUUAGUUCACUAAAGCAUUUAGCACAGCAGGAUCAAAGAACAGUGUAAAUCUCAACUAUUCAGAUGCAUUCUAUAUAUUUUUAGCAUCAUAAACUUUGAAGAGGACAAGUGUUUCCUCGCCUGAGUCUCUGAAGGAAACGUGUCCUUCUGGUGUACGAUGAGUUGUUGACAAAUGUAACUUUAUAGAAAUUCAAGGGAGUGAGUAUGCAGGGAAGGAAUCAUAGUCAGUGAUAGUGCCUUAGCGUCAGCAACAGGCGCUCUGCUGGACGCCAUGCACCCCUCACACCCCACACCCCCCAUGGAAAGCCGUCUAUCAAAUAGGACUCAGUGCAGCUGCUGCAAAGUGCAGGACUGUCUCCUUAUUUGGGGGACACGGUGGCACAAAAGACCCUUCUCUUCAGUGCAUCCUGACAAGCAUGAAGGGAAUUCCAAAAGCUAAUGUAACACUCUCAGGGGCAGUCCAGCAAUUCGUUAACGUGUCUGCGUGUGCUCCCAGCUGCAACUUCUAAAUCACAUACCCGUCUGUCCUCCAGCCUUCAGCUCAGUUUGAGCCGCAAAGCACGAUGGAUUCAAAGAAUGGUUUCAUCUUUAAGGUGCAGAUGACUAUAAAGACUGAUGAAAUGCUCUUCUGUGAAUUGCCUGAAUUACCUGCUAGUGAAAAAAAAUUUCAUUACAAAAUACAUGUUCGUUAUAACAAAUUUAAGUAAUAGACAAGUGUACUACCCAGUAGAACAAGAAAGUCCCUUGCAGCCCUGAGGUAACUACCAGUAUCUGCUAGGUUUACAAUUUCGAGUGGUAAGAUAAAAUUCUGUGUGUGGUUCAAUAAAUUGUUAUUGUCCUUAUUUCCUAGAAGGGAUAGGCAGUUCCACUGUCUGCAAUGACGUGCAUCCUUUUUCUGUGGAACAUGUGUGAAGAUUUACUCAGAAAUGACAAAACACCCUAAAUUGAAGUUUA